UUACAGGAAGCAAAGUUGCAUGUGAAAAGCUUUAAAGAAUUGUUUGCAAGGUUUCUUGAGGACACAGGACCAUCUGUAGAAUGGGAGAAAAUCAAGCCACCACCAGAAGGAUCUGUAAGAAAUCCUUAGAAAAAUGAUAAUGAUAAUAUUUACUUGGUUAGAAGUAGACCUGGUUUAAAUGUUGUGCGAACAACAAACAACAACGACUAUAAUCAAUCUUUAUUUUAAUGCCCUUGGUACAUACAGAGAAGUAAGUUACUGGUUGACACUUAGCAGAUUAAAGAGGCCAUAGCCACUUAUUAGCAAAUGCAAGUACGCUGACAUGAAGAAGAACGAAAAACUUAAGGGGCUGCAUGUGUACAUAAUCAGCGGUAAAUAGAAUGCAUCAAAGAACCAAUCAAUAUUUGGAGAUAAUAGAUUCUUUAACUUUUUGAAACAGGAAUGACUCACUAAUUUUAGAUCUUCUUGAAUAGAAUUCCAGAGAUAAGCAACGCCGAAACAGACAUUUAAUUUUUCAUAGGUGGUCCUAGCUUUAGGUAAAUAGUAAGAGUUCAUAGAGGCCAGUCUGGUUUAAUAAUGUCCCUUUUUAAUGUACAUGGCAGUCUGUUUGAAUAAAAGAUAAUAUGGCAACCUCUUUUUAAUGUAAUGUUUCAUGUCAUACCAAACUUAACAGUGUCACCACUCUUGGUAAAUUUUAAAGUAGAAGGUGAAAAAAUUUAAGUGGGCAGAAAUCGAUUUGAUUGAAAGGUGCAGAGUUCCUUUCAUGUGGAGCUGCUAUGUAUGCGGUUUCAUGUAUGCAUGAAAAGGAGAUUCCCCUCCCUCUGCUGUUUGAUUGUGCUGCAUCUCUUUAUACGUUUCUGGGAAAAUGCCCACCUACUCCUGCCCUGAGGCAACAUUAACACUAACUUUUCACUUAGGGCAAAAUAUUGGCUUAAGGGAGGGGUAGGUGGGCAGUUUUCGAGAAUUGUAUAAUGAUAUUGUAUGAUUUACUUAUCAGAGUGUAUGAUUUUUGAAUCUAGAUUUUAAAAUACAAUGAGAUUCCAGUUGCUACAGAGAGUGAUAUAAAAACUGUGCUUAACAAAUUGGUUGUCAUUAAGUUGAAUGGAGGUCUGGGAACAAGUAUGGGCUGCACUGGCCCCAAGAGUCUUAUUUCGUUACGUCGUGACUUGACUUUCCUGGACAUGAACGUACAACAGAUUGAGGUGAGUUUUAAAAAGCACAUCAGAGACAAUGAGAGAAUCAGACCUAUAUGCUAAAGCAAGUUUAAAUCAAGUGCAAAUUUUCAUCUGCACGAUACUUUUUGUUCCAGACAACCUUCUUGCACAUUAUCACAGAUAAACAGAUAAAAGUCCUCUUGUUUGUCUUACAACACUCUCUUCAUCUCUCAGAUCACUAAAACAGGCUACUGUUUUGUUUUCACAGCAAGUGCUUUCACUUGCAUAAAUCAGUUUGCCAUAUAUGGAAAGUAGAGCCAGUAAUUCCCCAUCAAAGAGAAUUGUUUUGUUUGCCUGGAUAUUUGGCGCGUAAUGUUACAGGCACUUUUUGUUUGCACCAGUAAACUGGGGUGUAGUGUUGAAAGGGUUAACAGAGUAAAAGUUUGUAAAAGUUGGCCUUAAGUGAGGAACAAAGCUGUGCUCUAAGGAAAAUUGAAGGGAGCCCAUUGCUCUGAACCUGUAAAAUCCAGGAUGCCCAGUAUAUGAUUUGUAUGAAAAAACUAAGAUUUUCUGGUCACCUGAGGGCAAAGUUGGGCCCCAGAGGCUACCGGGUUCUGCUAGAGCACAGCCCUCCUGUUAUUAUAUUUUUGAACAAUAAAUCCUAAAGGAGUCCUGGGACCUGAAUGCACAUAUGAUGAGUUUCCAGGAGUGCAGAUGCACAAAAUGUAGCUGUCCCAGGUCAAAUUUGAUUUCAGGUUAAUUUUGAUUUAACCUUUCCUCGUCUCCUAGCCCUAAUUAUUCAUGAAUUAGGGCUAGGAAAUUGAGAAUCAACCUAGGUUUAAAAAAAUGGAACCUGAAAUCAAAUUUUACCUGUAACGUAGCCAUAUGGGUGACCUGUGGCUCAUCUUUAUGCCUUCAGUUACAUGAACAUGUUUGCCAAAAAACUUUGUUUUUUCUCCACAGCAUUUGAAUAAUACAUAUGGAUGUUCUGUUCCUCUUGUUCUUAUGAACUCAUUUAACACACACGAUGAAACACAGAAAACCCUUAGAAAGUACAGCGCAUGCAAUGUAAAGAUUCACUGCUUUAACCAGAGCUGUCAUCCUCGUAUUGUGAAGGAAUCUUUGCUUCCGUUGCCAAGUGUAAUGGGAAAGGAACAUGGAUUUAAUGUGGAACAGUGAGUCUCAUGUACUGAAUGUCUGGCACAACCGUACACAUUCUCCAGAAUGUCAAUCUCCUUAUUUUUCUCCUUUUUUAAAAACUCUUUUGACCUCGAUCUCUUCUCUUGAUUACGUACUGAUAUUUUAGGAGAAAAUUGGCAUUUUUCAUCCCUUGGUGUAUAAAGGCUUAAUGAAAGUCAUUCUGGUGUCAUGUAAACAGCCUUUUAGUUAGUUCUGCUGCGGUUCAAUAACAUGUUAUUAAACAAUAAUUGUCUUAUGAUUUCUUUUCUUUAUCUUGCAGCUGGAAUCCACCAGGUCAUGGGGAUAUUUAUCGCUCCUUUUACAACUCUGGUCUCCUUAAGAAGUUCCUUGAUGAGGGCAAAGAAUACAUGUUUGUUUCAAAUAUUGACAACCUGGGAGCUACUGUGGAUGUUAAUAUCCUUUUAGUACAUUUAGUCAACUUUUAAAAUGGUUAAUCUCAUUAUGAAAGCUGCUCCUGUCAUUUGUCGAUAUUAUACAGCAUAUAUAAUGGGGGAUUCUUUUGGUUGAUUUUUUUAGAAAAGUCGUCAAGUGAUGCCCUUUCUGAUCAUUUUCUCCUUUUUAAAUUUACAAGUACGUUUGUUUACGUACGUAUUUUGAACGAGCUUUUUAGCUCACUAGACGCUACAUAAAUAAAUGAUUGAUUGAUUGAUUGAAGUAUAUAUGUUCAAGACAAAUUGGAUGGAAAAUUUAACAUUAAUUUUAUCUGAAAGCACUUGACUCCUUAUUCCGCAAAAGCCCUCUAAUCCAUUUUUGCUAUAGUAUCAUUUGUUCAUUAUGCCUACAAAAUGACUUCAAUGAUAGUAAUCAAUGAUUGUUUUAAUACUACCUCCUACCUUGCCUCCUCGACUCCCUUCUGCAUGAGGCCUCCACGUUUCUCCACCUGCUAUCUUGAAAAGUGUGUCUGGUUUCAGCAAUGUUUUUUUUUUUUUUAUGGGGAUGGGAGAUUAACCCAUGGGAAGGCCAGGCAUUGCAUUUGUCUGACCCAUUCUUAAAAACAACCGUUUACAAGAAGAUGGGUUUGUGGUUUGAAACAUUUCCAGCACUACGCAGUAAAUUAAUAAUCCUCCUUAACUGAGCUCAGAUAUUUUAAAUUACAUGAAUAACCCUUCAAAGUCACCCUCACCAGAAUUUAUUAUGGAAGUUACUGACAAAACAAGGGCAGAUGUCAAGGUACAUUGCUUAACAUUAUGAUUAAUAAAAUUGGAUCAUCCUUAUUUUUAAAUGACCAUUUAAAUGAAACCUCUUUAGGGGUACUUUCACAUGGUGCUAAUUACGCCAUCUUGUUUUGUAUAAAUUAACAGGUUUUAAUUGGAUUCUGGAUUCUGGAUGAAAUCCUAUGGUGUCACCAUUGACAUGAAAAACCUCUUUGCUUGUACACUGUAUAUUCAUUAAAAGCAAAAUUAUUUUGUGUUAGGAAUUUAUCUUGCAUUUUAUCUUUGUUCUCUAAUUUCAGAAGUCAAGGGGCUUAGUCCAGGGCUCAAAAAAGCUUCAAUUCCAGCUUAUCCUUUGGGCAGGCAGCUCUCACAGUUUGCUUGCUCUGCAACCACUUCUUACUCGUCUUAUAUUGGGUUUACCCUUUAAGCCCCAAGAUCCACAUAACAAUUCUUCAAACUGAUCUCCAUACAUUCCCUCACAGAAUUAGUUGAGAGAAUUUGUUCAAAGAUCAAAGCAUUUUGCCUUAGGUGAUCAUUUUACUUAUUCUCAUAAACUUUUCUCUUAAUUAUGUAUUUAUAUUGUUAGGAGAAAAUUGAUGUUGGUCACUCUUGUCACGUACGGGGUUAAUGAUUUUGUUUGAGGAUGACUUGCCUGGACUCUUGCCCAUAGGGAAAGUACAUGUAAGCUUUAAAAAUGAGUUUCCCAGCAAGAAAAUUGACUUGUCCUGGACUACCGGACGGGGCUUUUUUCGAGCCCUGGCUAUAGUCACAAAUUACUGUUAAACUCACAAAACAGUGAACACCAGAAAUAUUUAUGGAAUGUUAUUGUGUUGCAAGAAAUAAGCCAAUAAGGUGCGAGAUAACUAAACCACCAACAGCAAUGGUAAUUAGUUUGUGGUUUUGAGGUUUGCUUGUGUAUCCUGAACUUUAUUGUGAUUGGCCAGUACACAAUCAACAUUCCUGGAACUUUCCAGGUAUUCACAGUUUCUGAGUUUGACAGUAAUUACUCUCUUAUACAUGUAGGCAGAUCUGAAGGCUGCGUUCUGUUUCUUAUUUGCACAGGGAGGAACACUCAUAGAAUAUGAAGGCAAACAAAGACUGCUAGAGAUUGCUCAAGUUCCAAAGGAACAUGUGAGUUAGCACAGUUAAGAAAGUUACAUGAAAAAUUACCUGUACUACAAGAGGCAGCGUGGCUGAGUAGUUAGAGGUUCUCUUUGUGCUCAAGUCUCUUCUGGGAAUUGCGAGACAAUGGAGUCAUGAAGAAAGGUCAAUUUUGACCCUAAAGCCUCGGAGUCAUGUCGAAUGUGGGCUAUUAACAGUUAUUACUGCUCAUAGUGAAUGGCUGAGAUUGACUGUCACUGUUAAGCAUAAGUUACAACCUCUUGAACAGAAUAGAGCCUGUCUGUACUGUCACUGUCAUUAAACAAGUUUAACAUCCAACAUGGCCUGGUACACUGUUCAACUUUUAGUGUUCAACAAAAUGUUGAACUGU